AUGGCUACGUCUCAUCUUGAGUACAACGAGAAGACCUCGGCGACAGAAGUCGCUAGUGUUUUUGCUAGUCACAUUCGCGACAAGAAUGUGGUGAUUACCGGUGUUGGACCCAAUAGCCUGGGCGAAGCUCUUGCUCUAGCCAUAGGGAGCCAGAAACCCAGAAAUCUGAUCCUAGCAUCACGCACGAAGGCCAAAGUGCAAGAAGUCGCUGCAAAAGUCCAAGAUCUUUCGCCGGAGACCUCAGUUGAAGCUGUAGUUUUAAACCUUGCUUCUCAGAAAUCCAUUCACGAAGCGGCGUCAAAGAUCCAAAGCCUGGUCGACCGAGUUGAUACUCUGAUUAACAAUGCUGGCAUGAUGGUGCUGGAACGAGAAACCACCGACGAAGGCAUCGAAGUCCAGUUUGGAACGAAUCAUGUUGGUCAUUUCUUGUUUACAAAUCUGCUUAUACCGCAGUUGAAGAAUGCUGCCAAAGUCUCUGGGCCUGGGUCAACCCGCAUCAUCAAUGUGACCAGUGCUGGCCAUCGGCUGUCGCCUGUUCGCUUUAGCGAUUAUAACUUAGAAGGGAAGGAUGUUCCUAUUGAUGAGAGGCCACCUGACGGACUGCCUCCCAUGUUCAGCACGACAGCUGAAGGCUAUAACGGAUGGCUGGCUUACGGACAGUCCAAGACAGCCAAUAUCCUGUUCACAGUGUACUUGUCCCAGCACAUGGCUUCUUCUGGAAUUGUUUCCUACGGCGUGCAUCCCGGAUCAAUCUGGACUGGGCUGAGCCGGGGCCUUGAUGAUAUUGGAUACGAAACUAUGUCGAAAACAAGCAGUUUUUGGAAGAACGCCGACCAGGGUGCUGCGACUAUGCUUGUGGCCGCUUAUGAUCCUGCGCUCAAAGCUGUCUCCGAUCCAUCGGAGGUGUAUCUCAGUGAUUGCCAGUUCGCAAAAACAGCACCUCACGCAGUUAAUAUGGAUUCUGCUGAGCGGUUGUUCCAUCUUAGCGAGAAGUUGGUUGGCAUCAAGUUUGCGCUUUGA